CCUCUGCCACAGGCGCGGCUCACGCUCUUGCUCUCUCUCUUUCUGCCGCCAUCUUACUUCCGCGUUCCCUGCACAAAAUGCCGGGCGAAGUCACAGGAACCGUCCCUGCUACAGAGCAGGAGUUGCCGCAGCCCCAAGCUGAGACAGGGUCUGGGACAGCAUCUGACAGUGGUGAAUCAGUACCAGGGCUUGAAGAACAGGAUUCCACCCAGACCAUCACACAAAAAGCCCAGCUGGCGGGAGCGGCUGAAAUUGAUGAAAAACCAGUCAGUAAAGCAAAACAGAGUCGCAGUGAAAAGAAGGCACGGAAGGCUAUGUCCAAACUGGGUCUUCUACAGGUUACAGGAGUGACUAGAAUCAGUAUCCGGAAAUCUAAGAAUAUCCUCUUUGUCGUCACAAAACCAGAUGUCUACAAGAGCCCUGCUUCUGAUACCUACUUAGUUUUUGGGGAAACCAAGAUCCAAGAUUUAUCUCAGCAAGCACAACUAGCAGCUGCUGAGAAAUUCAAAGUUCAAGGUGAAGCUGUCUCAAACAUUCAAGAAAACACACAGACUCCAACUGUACAAGAGGAGAGUGAAGAGGAAGAGGUCGAUGAAACAGGUGUAGAAGUUAAGGACAUAGAAUUGGUCAUGUCACAAGCAAAUGUGUCGAAAGCAAAGGCAGUCCAAGCUCUGAAGAACAACAGUAAUGAUAUUGUAAAUGCAAUUAUGAAAGCAACUUUUUUUGGUGUCUCAAAGGAGUAACUGCAGCUUGGUUUGAAAUUUGUGCUGUUUCUAUC